AUGAUAAAAUUCAACUCUACAAACAAAACAUAUUGGCUUCCAAUUUAUAUUAUGAACGAUACUUCAUUCCAAUCUGGAAUGUACCUAUACCUACUUUUAACCGAAAUUCUGUUAUAUGUUGGAACUGGAGUUAUCAUCUGCAAAACUGUGCGGACUUUUUUGAAAAUUCGACUUUUUCACAGAAAUAUGAAUAUUAUGACGGCACUCUUUUUGUGUCAGUGGUUUGAGGCAAUUGCUGCAAAAUUACUGAUAAUUCCGUAUCAAAUUGGAGUAAUUAGGUUUUCUGACUACAACAAACCCUAUGUCAGCUGGUGGACAGACAACGAGCAGGAAAUUAUAGUGCUCCCCGAGCCCACAGCUAAUUCCAAUGCAUUAGUAAUUUCGGGUUUUCUUAUAUGGCACUAUGCUUAUACAAUGAUUUUUGGGAUUUUGAACUUGGGAAUUGAACGGAUUUUUGCGACGGUCAUGUUGAAAGACUAUGAAAACAAGCCCAGACUGUAUAUCCCAGUCUUCUUGAUCACUUCAACUCACCUCAUAACCUUAACCUUCUCCUAUUUUGUGCUCACCAACAGAACCGGCUUCUACCUGGGCACUUCACCAUGUUUUCUCAACUCCGCGCUUGUUGUUAUGACGUUCCUAGCAGUAUGGAAAGUGAAUAAGCACAGACACGAAAAACUAGAAGGCUCGGGCCCCGGUUGCGAUUACACUUUGUCUCAGCAAUUCCAAGUCCGGGAGAAUUACCGCGCGCUUAAGCUCGCAAAAAAUCUGGUGAUCGUGGUGUUGUGUGCAAUUUCGGUGCCCUGCGCGCUGCUUAUUUGUCUCGUAAUCGGUGCAAUUCCGUCAUUUCGAAUGAUAUUUAUCCAUAUUAUGGAGAAUUUUAUUUAUUUAAACCCCGUGAUAAUCUGCUCGACGUUGAUGUUCAGCGCGCCAGCUUGGCGCGCCGAGUACCUGAAACUUAUUCCCGGCUACAAGAAGAUCAAAUCCACGAGAGUUUUCGUGGUGAGACCCAAGCCACAGACGACGCAUCGUGCAUCGAGCACAGUGGUUCAUGAUGAAGGCCAGAUGUAUUUUGAGCAGCUCAACAACUCGUGGAAAUGAUAAUUUUUCAAUUUUUCAGGUUAUUACAAUGAAAUGAAACAUGAAAUUUGAAUA